UCAUUAAUUACCGAUGUUGUCAUUUCCGAAUUAUUUGAUGCAGUACGAAAGGGUGAUUUAGAAAAAGUGAAUUUAUGGUUAGCCAACAAACGCAAUAAACGUCCUCGAACACCGUUGAAUUUUCUGCGUGCAAGCAGCACACCACAAACAGCAUGGUUAAGCGCCAUGGUGGAUCCGUCGAAUGGCUAUACAGCAUUGCAUUUGGCCGCUUUACAAGGUCAUGCCAGUGUGCUAAGUGCGUUGUUGGAUGCAGACGUGACAAUGUUAAACGCACGAGAUCGUCGUGGUUGUCUACCGAUUCAUUUGGCCGCCUGGAAUGGCCAUCUAGAAGUGGUACAGCUUCUGUUGGAGACUCAACCAGAGCUUGUCGAUGCCGUCAAUAAUGCCAAAGAAUCACCAUUACAUUUGUCUGCACAACAUGGGCAUGCUAAAGUGGUCACUGCACUAUUGGCGAAACACGCAGAUGCACGGCUAAGGAAUGCCCGAGCCGAAACGGCGUUAGAUAUCGCUGCACGUCUUGGUAAAGCGAACGUUUGUCGAUUGAUCAUCUGUAACUACUGUUCGUCAACUGAUUCGGGACGUUCCAGACAUAUCGCGCAAGUAGUGUACCCGUUGCAUGCAGCUGCACGACACGGUCACAUCGACUGUCUGCAGAUCCUCUGUCAGUCGGGAUUCGAUCUGGAUUAUGUGACCGAUGAAGGGAGUGCACUCCAUGUGGCCGCACUCUUCGGCAAGGUUGAUGCUGUUAAACUGUUGCUCAGCAUAAGCAUUGAAACACGUGAUAGUCAAGGUCGAACCGUGCUUGACACACUCCGUGAACACGAGAGUGAAAAAGCCUCUGAUCUGACGCAGGUCAUACAGAGUCGUGAAGGGUGGUCUGAAUGCCGCAAGCUUAUCGAAUGUCAGCUUAUUCAUAUUCUUACAUUUAUCAUUGAUCUGUCUCAUAAUACAGCCAUUCUUAUUGUUAUUAAUAUUAAUAUUAUUAUUAUUAUUAUUAUUAUUCAAUUGCAACAAGAGUUUAUCGUGGUUUCAGCUUAUAUUCAACAGCAAGAUCAUCAUCAUCAUCUAUGCAGUGCUAGCAGUGCCAUUUUUGGAGCUGUAGAAGAUCGGCGUAAAUGUACACAUCGCGGAAUGGCAGCCGUUUGUUCAAAUUCAACUGCUAGCAGAACUAUAAACAGUAAUAAGCAGCAGCAACAGCAGCAGCAGCAGCAAGCCAGCAGUAGUGCAAAUGAUUCUGAUUGUUGGAAUGGCAGUAGUGGCAGCAACAGCAGAUUGUUGAAUAGUGUGGUGGUGUUGAAUGCUGAAGAGCCGUCAGAUGAACAACGUAGACGACGUUGUUAUUGCUUGUGUUGUUAUCAUAAUAGUGGUGGUGGUGGUGGUGGUAGAAAUGCAACGAGUGCAGCAGCGAGUGCAAUUGAAGUGACGGGCACGAUGACGGUGGCAAAUGGUGCCACUGAAACUGAUACAAAGAAUUUGCUGAGUAGAGAAUGUUCGUCAUCUGCAGCUGCAGCUGCUGCUGCUGCUGCUGCUGCAGCUGCAGCUGCUAGAUGCGGUGGCGGCGCAUCAACAUCGAACCCAGCUACCACAACAGCAACAGCAGCAACAGCAACAGCAGCAGGAACAACACCAUCGGCAUUAACAGCGACAAAUUGUUCGUGUUGUUCGUGUAAUACGACGCCAUCGUCACCGUGUUCUUGGAUGCAUGAUCGCUCAACCAACAAUAUAUCUUCAACAAUGGCCAUCAACCCGUCCUUACGACGAGCACCACAUCAAACAGCCACUGCUCCAGCUGCUGCGCGAAUGUAUCAGAAUGCUUCCAUGAUAAGUGGUGGUCAGAGCCAGAGGUCCAGGAUCAUGUCAACUUGCCCAAAAUGCAGCAGUGAUCUUGUUCAAGUGGCGGAUGCUGAAAAUGUGCAAGUGCAAGAUGUGGUUUGGCGACCCAUUCCCGAGUGUGCUGCAUCAGGUUAG